GGCUGUGGAUGGAGGAGGGUCCUAGUCCCCACUGAGUGAGACUUGCCUGCUCCCUGCCCCUGUCCUCUCCUGUUCUCCAGCAUGGUGCGUCUGUGGUUCCCCAGAGGCUCCUGGAUGGCAGCUCUGGCUGUGAUACUGAUGGUGCCAAGCCCUCCCCUGGCAUGGGCCAAGGACACCAGACCACAUUUCUUGUUGCAGUUUAAGCCCGAGUGUCGUUUCACCAACGGGACGGAGCGGGUGCAGCUUGUGGUCAGACACAUCUAUAACGGCGAGGAGUACGUGCGCUUCGACAGCGACGUGGGGCAGUACCGGGCGGUGACCGAGCUGGGGCGGCCGAACGCCGAGUACUGGAACGGGCAGGAGGACGUCAUGGAGCAGAGGCGGGCCGAAGUGGACACGGUGUGCAGACACAACUACGGGGUCGUGGAGAGCUUCACGGUGCAGCGGCGAGUUGAGCCCAUGGUGACUGUGUAUCCUGCCAAGACCCAGCCCCUGCUGCACCACAACCUCCUGGUCUGCUCUGUGAAUGGUUUCUAUCCAGGCAACAUUGAAGUCAGGUGGCUCCGGAAUGGGCAGGAAGAGGAGGCUGGGGUGGUCUCCACAGGCCUCAUGCAUAAUGGAGACUGGACCUUCCAGACACUGGUGAUGCUGGAAACAGUUCCUCGGAGUGGAGAGGUCUACACCUGCCGAGUGGAGCACCCAAGCCGGCCGAGCCCUCUCACAGUGGAGUGGAGGGCACAGUCUGAGUCUGCAAAGAGCAAGAUGCUGAGUGGAAUUGGGGGCUUCGUUCUGGGUCUACUCUUCCUUGGGGCAGGGCUGUUCAUCCACCUCAGGAAUCAGAAAGGACACUCUGGACUUCAGCCGACAGGACUGCUGAGCUGAAGUGGUGAAGGUGACCCUCGAAGAACAACCUUCUGUUCCAGCUUCUUCACAGCGUGGAAAGUUUCCUGCUCGGUUCUUAUUUCACAAAGAGAGUGCUCUCUCAGGAUCUGGUUUGCUCCUGUUCAGUGACCCUGCAGAAAGUGUUCCUCCCUGAUGGCUUCCUCAGCCCCUGCCCUUGACCUGGAAAUCCCCAAUAUGAUCGCGAUUAUCUUCAUUCUUUCCCGGUGGAAAGAAUGGCCUCCCUUGCACUGGAACUAUCCCUCUCCCUAUUUCCUUAUAGAGUUUUUCUCAAAUAAACAUGAAGUGAAAAAUCAUCUGCUUCAUACAACUUCAAGGAAAAGAAAUAGAAAAAAAAAGAAAGAAAGAAAGAGUGGAUUCCAUCACAAUAAAAUAAUGGUAUUGAUACUCCUGAA